AUGAUAAAGCUUCAUUCGGCAGUCCCCUCCGAUGACCCUUGCGAGGGUUCCGCCCGCCUUCGGAAGGCCAUAGACAAGGAACUGUUCAUUUCCCGCUGCAAGAACCGGCUGAAAGGUAAAAAGAAACUGCAAAAGUACCUCCCGGAGCGCUCCAGCUUUCUGUACGAAUUCCUGGGAAGGCACGGAGGAAAUCUGAAUCUCCGCACCAAUAUUUACAAGGACUUUCUGGGUGAAACGGAUCGAAGUGAGGAGCUCAAGAACAAGGUCAUCAGUUCGAUGAUUCCGGACGAGGUGCUGUGUAGUGCCCGAGAUUACCGGCCGAGGAAGUUUAUGACCGCAAUGAUGUUUGCCGAUGUUUCAGGUUUCACGGACCUCUCGGAAAAGUUCAACCAACCGGGAAAAGGUGGAGCCUCCAAGCUGUCUCAAGUUCUCAACUCCUACCUGGGGGCAAUGGUUCAGGAGAUCCUGUCGCACGGGGGUGACAUCCUAAAGUUCUCCGGUGAUGCUUUCCUGGUGCUGUUCAAGGAAACCUCUUCGGUUUCUAUGGCGGACGCUACGCACCGUGCCAUCGAUACGGCGAUCGUCAUACAGAAAUCGUUUGGAGCCUACGAAACCGAAGUGGGUGUCACGUUGCGGGUGAAGAUCGCUAUAUCUGCUGGGGAGGUUCACUUUUCGCUCAUUGGGACGGAGAGCUUCUCGCAUUACGUUGUCAUCGGCCAUCCGGUUUGGAAGGUCAAGAUCGCAGAGAAGAUCUCCGAACCGGGGGAUAUUAUCGUCAAUCAUCUAGCAUGGAAUUACAUACAAGCAAAUGAAUACAUAUCUGAACAGUGUGAUGAUAAGGUACAUUUACGGAUUAAGGGAUUCACCAGCAGUUGGCGAUCGGCGCAGCGCUUGAAUAUCUUUGAUUUGCUCCACGAAAAUGAAGUAGAAGAUGACGAUCCGGGGAUUGCGGCGGGCGAUGAAAUGAAGUUGGACAGUGAAACCUUGGGCAUCCGACCUAGUUUGAAGUAUGUUGGGACUAAAGCAAUAGCGACCUCGUUGAGACGAUUCAUGAUCAAGCCAAUUUUGAACGCAAUAGACACGCAAGAACCAUUGGAGUUUCUGACCGAGAUGCGACAAAUCGUAACCGUGUUUCUCAACAUUGUCUUGAAGCCCAAGGAUACGUUGGUAGUUAUUGAUGAAAUAAAUUCGAUUUUCACAUCCUUGUGCACUUUGGUCGAAGGUUACGAAGGAACCGUCAACAAGGUAUCCCUGUUCGACAAGGACGUGAUGUUCCUGAUAAUUUUUGGCUUGCGCGGAUACAAGCACGAUCUGGACAGUCAGAUUGCCCUGCGCUGUGCAUCGGAAAUUCGCGAAUUGUACCGUGCUAAUCCUAAAGUGCUCUCCGCUUCGAUUGGUGUUACCACCGGGACUACGUACUGUGGCGUGGUGGGACAUUUCGUUCGUCGGGAAUACUCGGUGAUUAGCGUAACGGUAAACAAGGCGGCUCGACUGAUGAUGGCUUAUCCGAAUAAGGUCACCUGCGAUAAGGAUACGUUCAUGAUGAGCAAGUUGGACCCGAUUCACUUUCUGUUGCAGGAAACGAUCGAGUUGAAGGGAUUGCAGAACGUGGGAACGAUCUACGAGUUCAAGGAAAUUGUUCCGGAAAGAGAAAUGAUUAAACCUAUUGAGUAUGACUUCCCGAUAGUGGGGCGGGACGAAAUUCUUGAAGUUUUUCAGGAAAUGUUGGACGAUGGACUGUUUCUUACGCAUAACAUGAAUCCGGACGAUGUUGGUAAGAUUCAUGAAUACCAAAGUUGUCUCCUGAUUAGAGGUGAAGCGCAGAUAGGAAAGACACGACUGCUGAAUGAACUGUUUCACAUCUCGUUGAAGAAUAAGAAAAUCAGUUCCCUGCGAUUGACGCUUUCGAUGAGGGAUCUAAAGAAACCAUUUUCCGCUGCCUCUCUGUACCUGUCGAGGCCACUCGGAUUCACCGAAACGAUCACCAGCAUCACCCGAGAGAACCGCAUCAAACAAUAUCUGGGCGAGUACCAACUAACGGCCCAGUUGGCCCUUUUGAACGCUAUUCUGGAUGUAGAAUUUCCGGAAUCGGAAAUCAUACGCAUGAUGACCGAUUCCGAACGGCAAGAAAUGAGACGAAAGCUUUUCGAACUACUCUGCCAAAAGGCUUUUCAAAACCUGUGGGUACUGAUUAUUGACGAUUUGGAAUUUAUGGAUGAGGAAUCGUUCGAGUUGUUUGAAAUUCUCUGGAAGAUGCCACAGGUUAUUACGGUGCUUGCGAUGGGCUACCGCCGGCGGUUGGCAGCUCCUUUCAAAAGGCUUUUCAACAAUCCACACGUGUGUCAGUUGAAGUUGACGCCGAUCGAUACGCUGCUCCAUAAGGCGAUCACGUGUCAGUUUUUGACUGUGAAUGCAAUACCGUUGGAUUUGGAGCGAGCGAUACACACCAUGAGCAGUGGAAAUCCCGGUUGGAUCAACACCUUUGUGAUGUCUCUGAAGCAAUGUGGACUGCUGCGAGUAAUUCGGAUGGGAUCCAUUGAAGCGCAAGGGAAAGGAUACGUAUUUUGUGAGACAUCGUUUUUGAUUCGAAGCAGUGCUCGUUCUACCAUGUCCUUACGGCUGAGUGGUGGCGAUUGGGAUCUGUUUGAAUCCUGUUCCGACGAUGAUCAGUUCAGUCCUUUUAUGCAAUCGAACUUCUCCAGCAAACUGGUCGAUGUAGCGUGUCUGAAUGGGGAAAUCGAUACUGGCGAUUACUUUCCCUCGUCCUGUUUGGAUGCCUUCCAUCUGAUGCUGUACGAUUCACUUUCAUCCUAUGAACAGUACGUAUGCAAAUGUGCUGCCGUUUUGGGAGAAAAAUUCCUACGCGUGGCACUGAUAUUCGUGAUUGCCCAGGAUAACGAACGGGAUGUCGCUGUUGCUGUCCAAAAAUUGUUUGACCUUCAAAUUUUGUCCUGUGCUGUUGGUGAUUUCUCCGCCGGAUUCAGUCUCUUCCAGAGGAACGUCAAUACGGAGAAACUGCAGAAGCGGAUCUGUGGCUGCAUCAAGCUGCCGAUUUCAAGAGCUUGCCGUGAUCUUCCCCGCUAUGCAGCAUGUGGGUAUUCGAAAUUCAAUUCUGAUCUAUUCCGCCAGACGGUGUACAAUUUGCUCACCGAAGAGCAGAAGAUCGAGUUCCACUCCCGGGCGCUAACGUUUAUAGAACGAGAAACGAAAAAAUGUGCCUCUUGCGGGGGAGGACCAUUCAGCAAUUUGAUUUCCAGCGACGAUCAAUUUGAUGUGAUAAUGGGAUUCAGGCGAAGGAGGGACUCGGAUCUGUCCUAUAAGAAUGUGCUGUUCAAGAGCGGCGCAAGCGGUUUCUCUAUGCAAUCACAUGACCGUUCAAUGUUCCAAAACUGUUUCCGAUGGUGGAAGUCACCCCCUUCUCGGGGCAAGAUUCCAAUCCUUAGCUACCGGGAAUACGAUUUUACCAAAUGUCGCUGCUAUAUGAUACUGUACUCGAUGUACCAUGAGAUUGUGUUUCACAGUCACGGAGCACGGAUGGCCGAGAAGCACAUUGAAGCACAGAUCGAGUGGGCAAACUGCUGUAUCAAGGUAGCCAACAUUCCCAAGGCGAUUCAGAUGCUGGAGGGCGUGCAGUUGCAGAUAAAGGAAAUUGAUACAUUCGUUAAUAUAGCGCUGGUCACGUAUCUGAAAGGGCGUUUGUACACAUUGCUUGCGGUUUGCCGAUUCGAGUUGAAGCAGUACACUAUUGCUACGGAAUAUUUCUAUACCGCAUCGGAAGUGAUGGGAAUGCCGUUUCCGAAGUCAACCAAAAUUGCUCAACUGCAAUUUGAGAUUUUGUUCGGCAAGGUUCAAAAAAUGGUUCGCAAACGAGAACUUCCACCACCGGAGCGCUCGAAACCACUGUACUACGUUCUAAUUGCAUCCCAGUUGUCGUCCUGUUUCGAUGGAAUGUUUCACCUGUUUCGUCGUCUAACCCAGUGGAAGCUUGCUCAAUUGGCUGCCAUAUGGAGCCUUAAGCAUGCCCUCAAAUACCGUCGAAAUGCAUCAGUGCUGGUUGAAGCUUUCGCUAGUGUGUUUCAGAUCGCCUUCCACAUGGGAUUUUCCAAUGACAUUGCUUGGAUGCAGGAACGAUCAUUGGAAAUUAUAGCAGACAAUGUCGACCGAAUCAAUAUAGAUUACAUGAAAUCGGUCGUCCAAUACUACACCGCUUUGCUCAUGUGCCAAACCAUUCGAUCCACGAAGCAGCUUUCGAUCGAGUUCGGUCGAGUUGUUCUGAAGAUCACCGAUACCUUGCAAUUCAAGACCAGCGAAUGGCACAUCAUUCCGAUCUUGGCCGAGCUGUUGAUGUCACAUCGGAGGAUUUCCGAUGCCGUCAGUAUGCUAUGGGACUUUCAGGCACUGACCGAUCGCUAUCAGGACACCUCAGCCAAGGCUUGGUAUUAUUCGAUUGCAAUGGACAUUAUGCUGGAUACGAGCUGCUGUAUCGAGACGUACAAGGAGUGCGAGAGUUUCUUUUUGAAGAACUGUGAAGCUCUGGGCUAUCAACGGGAUGCUUAUGCGGUGACGCGUUUGUAUGCUGAUUUGUGGCUCUGGUGUGUUCGGAACGGAGCUUGGGAAACUGCCGAUACGUGGAUGAACAAGUUGCAGGAGGUGUUCGUGCUGACCCCGCACGAUUCGAUGAUUAACGUUCACACUGCUCUGCGGGUGUUGGAAGGUUUGGUGUUGACUUUGGUCAACAAGAUUGAAGCUAGGAACAUUUUGGCGAUUGUUCGGAUGCAGAAUGAAAUUGAAAGACUCAGUAGCCACAUUGAAGAUGCUCUGGAUAUUAGUAAAAGUCAUGAAGCAAAGUAUAAAUUAUGUAAAAUAUAUUACAAACAGGUUGUGAAUUCCCAUUACGACUCGAUAGGAAAGCUACGAAAACUUCGGAAGCUUGCCAUCACACGGAACGACUUACUAUAUGCCGAGAAGACGUUACACACGAUUCAGUACUGGCGCUGUGAGUUACCUCCGAAGAUUGAAUCGUUUUGGCUGGAUCAUUGCUCCAGCGCAGUUACCGGAAUCGAAGCCGAAAAAGGCGAACCGAUUGGCUUAUUGAAUAUUACCCGAUAUGACUACACCAGUUGCAUCUUGAAUGGCGAGCGAAUCUAUCCGUAUUCGUUACCGCUGCCGAGGGCAAGAUACUUUUGA